AGUCCACCUAUAUGUGCAAUGUAAUUUCACACACUCACGGGGCCGGGAGAGAUGUCAUGACGAGUCGAGUGAAUGUGCGACGUGUGUAGUGUUAAGCCGCGGCCGAAUUGCGUGGAUGUUUCCGUGAAAAAGGUGGUUUCCAAAAUUGACGUCCUUCCAAAGUCUGCGAUAAUCAUUUUGGUCUGUCAUCGAAGCUGAAGAAACCCACCUUCUGCAAGCUGUUCAACAUCCCAAAAGGUAACCGGAGCAAGAUGGAGAAUCCGUGCAGCAUAUUCGUCGGCUCGCUUUCACUCAACACAACGACAGAAACGCUGGAGGAUUAUUUCAGUCACUUCGGCCCCAUCGAAUCGGCCGUGGUCCUGCAGGACCAGGUAUCGCACACCAGCCGGGGUUUCGGCUUCGUCAAUUUCAAAAGCCCCGAGUCCAGAACGAACGCUCUGCAGAUGAAGUCUUCCCACUUUAUCGACGGCAAGAAGGUGGAAUGCAAAGCCGCGAUCCGCAAGGGAGAACAGCAGAGGAUGGACCAGACAGGAGGGCGACAAGGGGGCGGGGCAAGGCUUGACCAGCCCGUGUACGACAACCAGAGGAAGGUGUUCGUCGGAGGCAUAUCCAACGGUACCUCAGACGAUGAUAUCAAAAUGGCUCUCAGUAGAUUUGGGAGUGUGGAAACUGUCGAACAGAAAUUUGACAAAGUUUCACAGCGGAUGAGGGGUUUUGGAUUUGUGGAGUUCAGCAGUGCCAAAGAAGCAAUGGAUGCUGUGCACUCUCAGUUUGUACAAAUCAACGGCAAGACGGUGGAAAUAAAGAUAGCCGAAAACAGGCAAGCUGUGCCAUACGGACUGUCCGCAGGUGGUGGCUUUGGUGCAAGUUCAUUCGGGAACAACAUGGGCAUGUACGGCCCACCGAUAGGCUACGGGAGUUUCACACCGUACACCGCCAACACCAGCAGCGGCUACGCGGGCGGUGGUGCCGCCGCCGGCUAUGUGAGCAGCAAUCCUGGCUUUGGUGGCAACCCCGGCUACGGGAAUAACAGCCAGUACCAAAGUUACACCAGUAAGGAUGGCGGGAACCCAUAUGGCCAAGGCACUAUGUACGGCUCUGGCUUUGGAGGGGGGUCGGGCUCCAAUCACGGUGGGGCUACGGGCUCCGGCUAUAGCGGAUACGGCAGAGGUGGAUACCAUCAUUAUGGCCAGUAA